AUGGCGAAUGUUGAAGCUAUUCCCGGAUAUUUGUCCGGAACAUUUCCGACUUUACCCGUUGAAAUCAAAGAUUACGUGUAUGCAAUUCUAAAGGAAAAUGCUGACGAAAUCGUGUCGCUUGAAGAAGUCAUGGAUGCUGUGGGUGAGCAUCUGCAAGCUUCUGUUGAGAAUCUUUGCGAUGUCGGUACAAAAAAUGCCUGCCAGCAACUGCUUAAGCUUCUCCAUGGAGAUAACCUGCCUAAAGCAGUGAAGCAACAAGAAAAGGUUACUAAGCGGCUUGAGCAAACUGUCGACAUGGCAGCUGACAAUCAAAACUUCCAAGAUCUGGAAAGCAUUUGGAAGGUUCAAACAAGAGACACUCCAACGAUUGUUGAUAAAAAGAAGCUAGCAAAGGCUGAAGAUCGCGCUUCGGCGAAAGCCGGAGCACGAGCUGAAGCUCCAACAGAGAAAAAGAAAAAGAAGAACGAGCCAACUGCGACAGCUUCACAAGCACCAAUUCGAGAAUCUGCAACAAGAGGAAAUUCCAAAGAUAUCAAAUUGGAAAGCAUGGAUAUUUCUAUUGGAACCAAGCAACUCUUGUCGUGUGCUGAUUUGUCAAUGGCUUACGGAAGACGCUACGGUCUUGUCGGAAGAAACGGUAUUGGAAAAACGACAUUGCUGAAGAUGAUUUCAAGUAAACAGCUCAAAAUUCCGUCCGGAAUCACAUUACUUUCGGUCGAACAGGAAGUGGAAGGUGACGAUACCCGUGUGAUUGAUGCCGUCUUGGCGUCGGACACCAAACGACAACAGUUUAUUGAAAAGGAAAAGACAUUGCAGCAAAGACUAAACAAGGAGAAUAUCACGGAAAAUGAGAAGAACAAAUGGGGAGAAGAGCUGAGCAAGUUGUACGCGGAAAUGGAGGCGUUGCAACUUGAUAAGGCGCCAGCUCGGGCUUCGUCAAUUCUUUACGGUCUUGGAUUCACUCCAGAUGAGCAGAAGAGGCCGACGAAAGAAUUCUCAGGAGGUUGGAGAAUGAGAGUCGCGCUCGCUCGUGCACUCUUCGUCAAACCCGACCUUCUAUUGCUUGACGAACCGACGAACAUGUUAGAUAUGAGAGCAGUUUAUUGGUUGGAAGGACAUUUACAGACAUGGGAAGGAACGAUCCUCACAGUUUCUCACGACCGUAAAUUCUUGAAUGAGAUCUGUACAGAUAUUGUCCAUUUGCAUACCAGACGACUUGAUCACUAUAAAGGAAAUUAUGACCAAUUCGAGAAGACUAUGAAAGAAAAACUGACGCAACAGCAAAGAGAAUAUGAAGCGCAACAGCAACUCAGACAGCACACUCAGGAAUUCAUCGACAAAUUCAGAUACAAUGCCAAACGCGCUUCAAUGGUUCAAUCAAGAAUCAAAAUGCUCGAGAAAUUGCCUGUUCUCCUUCCCGUUGAACUGGAAUCCGAUAUUCACUUCAGAUUCCCAGAAUGUGAAAUUCUCAACAAUCCGGUUCUUCAACUUGACGAUGUGUCUUUCCGAUACAACGAGGAUCAACCAUUUUUGUUCAGAAAAGUCAAUUUGGGAACUCAUGCGAAUUCCCGAAUUUGUAUUGUCGGAGAAAAUGGAGCUGGUAAGACCACACUGCUCAAAUUACUUCUUGGCGAUCUCGAGCCAACCAUUGGAAUGCGUAACGUGAAUAGACGCAUCCGAAUCGCCUACUUCACACAGCAUCACGUCGACCAACUUGACAUGGAGACAUCGGCGAUCGAAGUGUUGAUGAAAAAUCAUCCGGGAAAAACGCAAGAGGAUUAUCGGGCAGCUCUUGGAAGAUUCGGAUUGAGCGGUGAAAUGGCUCUUCAAUCCGUCGAGACACUUUCCGGAGGUCAGAAGUCGCGUUUAGCUUUUGCCAAUCUCGCCUUGGCCAACCCGAACUAUUUGAUUCUUGACGAACCUACUAACCAUUUGGACGUCGAGACGGUCGAAGCCCUCGGAAAGGCUCUCAACUCAUUCAAUGGAGGCGUGGUUCUCGUUUCUCACGACGAACAACUCAUCGAACUUGUGUGCAAGGAGCUUUGGGUUGUCAAGGAUCGUAUGGUUACGACACUCGAAGGAGGUCUCGAGGAGUACCGCAAACAAGUCUACAAGCAGCUCCAGCUUUCAAAUUAA